UUUAAAGGAUUUCGUUAAUGGCACAAUAUGUGUUUGUGUGUAGAAUUAUCUGAACAUGUUACAUAGACUUAAUUGAUGAAAGUAUGUAAAAUAUCAACGCAAGUAAAAUUCGAGAUAAGAUUUACUGGAUCCGCCUGUGUUACUAAUGUUUAAAUAGGAAAGAUGUAAUGGGGUCAUUCUAAACCGAAAGUUGAUAUGGACAUUAUUGAUUAUACCAUAUUUUCGCUACCUUUGAAUACAUAUUCCUUAGAUCCAGAAGUUAUUGCAGGAGCAGUUUAAGCCUAUCGAUAAUGACCUCGAGUAAAGCAGUAUCUGAUGAUGACAGGACAAGGUUCUUCAGGUUAAUUUCGGUCAUAAUUGAAGACUUAACAACAAUUUUACAAGAUCUGCUGCGUCGAGAAAUCGGUCCUAGUCAAUUAUUUAAUAGAGUUAAACAAAAUUCGAAAAAUUUACGACCAGAUCAGAUAGUCCUUAUUAGCAAUGCAAAGACUCAGGGUUACAAGGAAUUUGACAUCACUCUUCUGUAUACACUUUUACGCAACUUCUGUCCAAAAAUUCAACCUCCUACCCAAAGUUGGGGAAUGUCAAAUAUGCCAGCACAAGGGGAAACAACAGAGGGGGAUGACAUAGAACGAAUACGCCUGAUGAGGAAUAAAUUAUUGGGCCAUAUAUCCGAACCUACGGUAACAGCUUCGAAAUUUCAAUCAGAAUGGCGUAUCAUUUCUGACAUUUGUACACGAAUGCAGGCCAGGCUACCAAAUACCCACUAUGUCCAAAUAAUAGAGGAGGCUAAAGAUCGAACAAUAGAUUCAGACAUGGAAAAGGUUUACAUGGAAAAAAUUAAAGAACUUGUUGAGGAUGAAAAUACUGUUAAAAAAUUACUUAUGAAAGUUUUAGAAGAUAGAGCUCUAACGUCAAGUGAAAAUAUAACAAUUGAAGCCAAGGCUGGCCAGAAGAGAAAAUUUGUGGAAACCUUUAGUGAUAUAUGCAUUCAUAUCUUGAAUGAGAUGAUUGAUACAAUAAAUGAGCUGACUUCUGAAUCAGAAAUAGAACAACUUUAUGAAUCAGUAGAAGAUUUCAUAAGGGAUAACAGAGACAUUGAAAAUAGACAUCUAGAAAAUAUGUUAAAAGGAUUAGAAGAAAAGAUCAAAACAUAUGCAAAACUGCAAGACGGUCAAAAAAUGAAAAUUCUGGCAAGAUUUUUAAAGUUUAGCUUAGGAAUGAAGAAGAAUUAUGGUGCCUGUGUGGAGAGCUCAAAGGGAAGCUUAAUUCUCACAGUAACAUUUUCCUCAACAAAAUGCUAUGAUCUCUACAAAAAGGACUCGGAGAAAGGAAAAAUUGGACAACAAAUUCUCCAGCUGAUUUUAUAUCCUCCUUUUCUUGCCAGUUUUCAUCUUCAAGCUGAUGAAUUGGUUGUAUAUAUGAAUGGCCAGAAACUUACACAUACGAUUGGGGAUGAGUCUAUAUUCAGCAAAUCACCCGGCCUUGAGGCAUGUGCUUUCCAUCCACACCAGUAUUAUACAAGGGCAUGUCAGCAAUGCCAACUUCCUGUCUGUGUUGAAUGUAUGGAGCAUUUAGAACAUAAGCAGCAUAACUUCUACAGCAUAUAUGACUUAUUGAGCGAAAAAAAGGCGGAGCUUAACAAAUCACUCCAACUAUGUCACUCAACUAGAAAAAAGUUGUUGUCUAGAAGAAAACAAUUAAAAACAGAAGUUGAUAAAAUGCAGUUCAUGAUGAUUUCAAAGUACAAAACUCUUCAAGAACUGCUUAAUGAAUAUUUACUGCAAAAUAAUAAAAAAAUUGAGGCAUUUUGGGAAUCAGAAAAUGAUGAAAUUGACAGCAAAGUAGAGGAUAUUGAUCGAUAUAUUUCUAACGUAAACAAAACAUUAAAUACAGUUUCUAAAAAUCGACCAGCUCAGGCUCUGAUUCACUUGCAGAGUUGCUCGGAUACAGAAGAUUUAUUUCAACUCCACAGAAUUGUCUACCCCGAUAUUGGCAUAAAAGAAACGGAAUUAUUAAAAACAAUUAAUCUUUUUGGCAAUAUACCAGAGAGCAAGGGAGCUAUCCCUAAAACGAAAGAAGAACAGUUAACAUCACUUUGAAAAGGCAUUUAGAAGAACGUAUGGAACAUAUCGUGUAUGUAUCGGAUCUUAAAUUUGUUCUGGAUGUUUAAUGUAAUUGUUUGUACAUGUAUAAAUAAAAAUUAACUAUUGCAUAAAGUUUGUAAGAAAGCAUUAGGUCUCAUACAUCAUUGAACAAUAAAGUCCAUGAAAUGAA